UAAAAUGAUUAAGAUUUGUUGACUAAUAUGUUCAGACAGCGAAGCUGGAUAAAUUAUAGUUAUUUAUAUUACAACUAUUACUUUAGAUAUAUGUGAAGCUAUCAAAACUUCAACAAAAGUAACUAGUCAUAACUUUUAGAGUAUAUAAAACAAAAGACUUAAAACACAAACUGAUGACGUGAUAGAAGUUAAGUAAAAAUUUAUGAAAUUAUAAAAUUUUAGUACAAUUGGAACUUGUAUACAAAAUGGGUUAUUAUUAUUAUUAUAUGCUGAUUACGAAUUUAAUAUUAAUCGUUUAUGGCGAAACCGUUCAUGAAGGAUUCAGAUAUAAUUGUCCACUAAAAGCCAAACUGAUUUAUCCGUGCAACUGCUUUAAGAGUUCAAAUGAGGGACUUUUUGUUAAUUGUAAAUAUGUGAAUCUAGCCACACUUUCUGUUGCCAUGCAUAAUUUAGCGUCGCUAGAAGUUCCAAUUGAAAGCCUAACGAUAUCCGAAGGACAUUUUGAACGGCUGUAUGGACCAAUGUUUUCCAAAAUAAAAGCAAGGACGUUACUUAUUGAAAGUUCGCCUAUUGUCGCGAUAGAAGAUUUUUUUUUUCAUGGAAUAAACAAUACCCUGGAAGAACUAUAUAUAAAUAAAUCAAACUUAACAUCUAUUUCACCGCAAUCAUUUGGUAAUUUAGGGAAGUUAACUCAAUUAAUAAUUGAUGGACAUUUUUUAGAAGACAUUAGUAAAAACAUAUUUAUUAAUCAAGACAUCUCAAGUAAAUUAGAAGUGCUGCGAAUAAUUAAUGGACCAUUAAAGAAUAUUCCUAUUGAAGCUUUUCAGUCUUUACACAAACUAAAGACUUUAGAUUUACAUGGAAAUGAAUUAGAAAACUUUAAGCGAAACCAAUUUAAGAAUUUACGAACUGUCGAGAUUUUGGAUGUAAGUUUUAAUAACUUGAGAAGUAUUCAAGCAGAACAUAUAUCGGAUAUGACCAAAUUGGGUUGGUUUAACGUGUCUCAUAAUAAUUUGUCAGAACUUAAGAGAGGCACGUUUGCACGCAAUUCUGUACUGAAAGUGUUAAAUCUAUCGCAUAACGCCAUAAAGCAGUUGGAUGCUAAUAGUUUUAGAGGAAUGCGUUUUUUAAGGCGCUUAUAUUUAAACGACAACAAAAUAGUUGAAAUCGGAAGAGGAAUUUUUGGUUCAGUGACAAGAAUUGGCACAAUUGAUUUAGCUAGAAAUGCUUUAAGGAAAAUAGAAUUUCAAAUGUUUACGCAAUUGAAUUAUGUUGAAGAAUUGAAUUUGGCGGAAAAUAAUAUUACUAUUGUUGAGAAAAAUUCAUUUAAGGAUAUUUAUCAGGCUGUAAUUAAUAUAUCUCAUAACUCUUUAGAAUUGAUAGAACCACACGCCUUCGAGAAUUGCAUAAACAUCACUGUUUUGGAUCUUUCCCAUAACCGAAUUUUUAAUUUUUCGAAAAAUGCCUUUGAUGCUGCAACAUUUGCAACAGAACUACAACUAAGCUAUAAUUCAAUAACAAAUUUGGCUGAGGUACCGAUACAAAAUAUGACCGGUAUAAAGAUUUUAAACGUUACCAACAACAACAUUACACAAAUUCCAAAGAAUACUUUCUCUAAGCUAUAUGAGCUGCAUACAAUAGAUGUUUCACAUAAUAAUAUAAAAGUAAUUGCCAACGGCGUUUUUCAAACUCUGUUCUCUUUGCGUUACGUUAAUUUAAGCUAUAACAGUUUGGAAAAUAUUAAAUCAUCUGUUUUUGGUACACUUCCUACGUUAAUUCAUUUGGAUCUUAGUCAUAAUAAUAUAUCAGAUAUUGCAAGAAGCGCCUUGGCAAAAUUAACUAGUUUGCGUACUUUAUAUUUGUUUAAUAAUAAAAUAGAAAAAUUGUUUCAAAUUCCUAUAUCGCUUAAUGAGUUACGCAUCAGCGAAAACAAUAUACAAGCUCUGCCGUCCAAUACCUGGCCUGUAAUGAACUCGUUGAUUUAUCUAGACAUGAACAACAACAAAGUUGGCGAUUCCUUACAAUCCGGUAGUUUUUUGGGGUUACUAGUGUUACAAACGCUUUUGCUCAAUAACAAUGGCAUUACAAAACCUCCAGCUGAAAGUAUAGCAGGCCUAUCGACCCUGCAAUAUCUACGUUUACAGGAAAACAAUAUUACUGAACUACAGAAAAGUGCUUUUGGUAGACUUCCAGUCCUGUUCGAAUUAAAUUUGUAUAAAAAUGGCAUAAAGGAUAUAAACAAACAUGCCUUUGAAGGUCUUCUGCAACUUCUUACUCUAAAUUUAUCCCAUAAUUCAAUCAUAAAUAUUCCAAAUGAUGCAUUUGUAGGUCUUCCAUCGUUGCGAAGAUUAGAUUUAUCUCACAAUUACCUUACGAAACUGGACAAUAAAACAAAUGGAGUUCUGGAUGAUCUUCUCAGCUUAGAAUAUUUGAACCUAAGCAACAAUAAAAUUAGCUUUGUAACAAAGAAGACGUUUCCGUCAAAUAUUUACAUUCCAUAUAAUUUGAAAUAUUUGGACUUAAGUUACAAUCAAAUGCCUGUUUUAACUUAUGACAUUACAUUUGGUACGAAGAAAUUAUUGGAGUUUAAUAUUUCACAUAAUCAUAUCAAUGAACUACGAAAAGGCGUUUUAGCUAACUUUACUGAGUUGCAAUCCAUUGAUCUUUCUUAUAAUAAGUUAACUAACCUUAUGUCGGAACCAAACAUUUUUAAUAUUCCAAGAAAUUUAUCAAAAAUAUACUUACAAAAUAAUGAGAUAUAUCGAUUGCCAUUCGAAAAGUUUAUAAAGGAACCAAGGAUGGAGGAAAUUAAUUUAAAAAGUAAUCAGUUAACGGAGUUUCCUUCAACUUUAGUUAGAUUGUUAAAAAAUAAUACGCGCGUAUUAUUCGAUGACAAUCCGCUUGACUGUACCUGUGCAGCAAGGCCACUACUUCACUUCUAUUUACAAAAUACUUCAUGGAGUGAAGAUCUGAGCAAUAUAUUUUGCGAAGCACCGGUCUCUCUAAAAACCCAACAAUUAAUAAGUAUUGCUGAUAAACACUUAAUUUGUUCUCCGAAAAUAAGAGAAACGUAUAACGGCACUGAUUACGAUGAACUUAUGGAUGUAAACUUCCGCGAUAUUGAAAUCGACAAUAAUGGAAUUUUAACAGUAAAAUGGUUUGUUACCUCACCUGGAGAUAUUGCAGAUUUUUUGCUUUAUUUGCGUGAUGACCAAAAUGUGAUUUUAUACGAAGACAAUUUGGAAUACAACAAACGUAUCGCAAAGGUUCCAUUAAGCUUAGCUCUCAUACAGAAUUCAAAUACAAAUGUCGAUAUAUGUAUUGUAUCAAAAGACAGCAAUAACAAAGUAGGUCGUUGGUUUAAUGGACAAUGUCAAAGUGUAUCAGAGCUGUUGGGAGUGCGUAAGCUUACAUAUAAAGUAGUGCCUUCCUGUAGUGUAAAACAAAAAUUAAAUUUAAUAUGUUAUUUUCUUAGUUUGUUUUUU